AUGGCGCUGUACGCAAAAAUGGCGACGAGUAGUGGAUGUAAUUCGUGAUGUAAUUGCAAGUUUGCCGGUAACUUUUUGUGAGUCACUUACGUAGUAUACGUGUAAAGUGUUGAAUGAAAAACCAUCUUAUAUUAUAUAUUCAUCGUUAGUAUUAUGAUUUAUUGACGAUAGAUAUUGGUAGUAAUUUUAUUUAAUUAUCAAAACGAGUUUUAUUUAAUAUAUUAAAAUUGUUAUCUCAAAUUUUAUAUUUAUCAAUUUCUCUCUUAUUCUUCAGUUAAACUUAAAGAUAUAAUUACCCUUAAAGUUAAACGAAAAUGAUGUUGAAAUGUUGAAUAAUAUAUGUGAAAAAUUAUUGAAUGACAAAAGAAACAUUCAGCCAGUAUUUCAAUAUCUUGUUUGUAUUUAACUUUAUGUAAUGGCAUUUGGAGUUUAUUUGAAAAAAAAUAUGGAACCACAGCGUAUUAUUACAAUUGAGUGGGAAAUGAUGGACAAGAGCAGGUUUUUUAGUCUCAGUAUGUUAAAUUCUUUUACAUUAAGAGGUGUUCUGUAUCCCUUCACAGUGAUCAAAACGCGCUUACAAAUUCAGAAAAGAAAUGCUAUAUAUACUGGUACUUUAGAUGCAUUUUUAAAAAUUCUUCGUUACGAAGGAUUAUCUGGUUUAUAUAAAGGAUUUUGGAUAAAUACAAUUCAGAUCAUAUCUGGAUUUGGUUAUAUCACAACUUACGAGAAAGUUCGUCAUCUACUUUCUAAAUAUGCUGGCAUCAAUGAUGGAAGAAUUAAAGGUUUUAUUGGAGGAGGAUGUGGUUCUUUAGUUGGACAAACAAUAAUUACUCCAUUUGAUGUUAUAUCCCAACACAUGAUGGUAUUAGGUCAAACUACAAGUCAAGGAAAGUUUGAAUGUCAACAUUCAAAUCCAUUGAACAUUAAGUAUGAAAAUGGAAAUAGAAAAAAAUUAGCUUUAACAAUAACAAAGGAAUUAUAUAGGCUAGAAGGUGUAAAAGGUUUCUACCGAGGUUACUUUGCUUCAUUGUGUGCAUACGUUCCAAGUAGUGGAUUAUGGUGGAUGUUCUACCCACUUUAUUCAGAAACCUUAGCAUCUGUCCUUCCUCUUUGGACAUCUCAUAUGUUAAUUCACUGCAUAUCAGGUUCUAUGAGUGGCAUUACAGUGACAUUUAUAACAAAUCCUUUAGAUGUUAUACGAGCACGGAUUCAGGUACAAAGAAUGAAUUCCUUUUCAACAGCAUUGUAUAAUUUAUGGGAAGAAGAAAAACUUGGAAUAUUUAAAAAAGGUUUAUCGGCAAGACUCGUGCAGUCAACUAUAUCUUCAUUUUUUAUAGUAUUAGGUUACGAAACAUUAAAGAGAUGGAGUGUACAUGAUCGAUACAAAGAUCAAAUUAGAUGGUAAAUUAGUAUAAUAAAAGUUAAUUAGUGGUCACUUAUGCCAGAUGGAUAUAGACAAAAAUUGCAUCAAUAGCAAAAAUUGAAUGAAAAUCCAUCAGUAUAUAAUUUAUGUAUUAUUAGCAAAAAUCUGUGCAUUAACUUUGUUUUUUUAUAGAAAAAUUUUUAGCUUAUUUAUCCCUGUGCAAUAUUAUUAAACUGGAAAUUUGAUUUCAUGAUGACAUCAAUGAGGUUUGUCAAAUAAUAUUGUACAAAUUCAGAGUUUUAUAAGCAAAUUUAUAUAAAUAAUGUAAAGUAAUAAAUUCUUUCAAGAUGCCUGUACAUAUCUAACAGAAACGACUUUUUCUAUGAAAGAAGAAAAAAUUACUAUAAAUUUUAUAUAUUGUAUAGGCAUAAUGUGUAUCAUAUAAAUGAUGAAAACUCAAGACAAUUUCAACAGUUUUCUGUUUUUUUAGUUGUUAGAUUUUUAACAAAUUAAAUUUGUAUUAAUAGUUUAUUUAAAUUUUAUCUGGCUAAUAAACAUGACUACAAAUUAUUCUUAUAAAAAUUAUGUGGAUUUUUAGAAUUUUCAUAGUCAUAUAAUACUGAAUAUCAAAUAUUCUAUUCAACAAGUUUAAUAUUAACAUUUGAUUUAUUAUAUUCAAAAUUGAAAUCUUUCU